AUGGCAGCAACCGUCACUAUGAGGAGCACCCUGUAUGAUCGCCUUUGGCAGCGCGAAUGCGGCGAUCUUCCCCCGCGCCCCGGGUUGCGAACCAUCUACGGCUCCCAAGAAUGGGUUGACGAUCUUGAUAUCGUGAAUGAGUUGGGUGGCCACAUGGGUUGCAUUAAUGCCCUCAGUUGGUCCCGAUCUGGUAGUCUGCUGGCCUCAGGCUCAGAUGACCGACAUCUCAAUAUUUACUCCUAUCAAUCAGACUCGAGCGAUGCGCCAUUUUCCUUGAAGACGACGGUCGCCACGGGCCAUAAGGCUAACAUAUUCUCUGUCAAAUUCAUGCCCCACUCCAAUGACCGGACCUUGGUCACUUGCGCGGGUGAUUCUCAGGUGCGUGUCUUCGACAUCGAGUAUGCGAGUCGAAACGGCAAUGCGGCUGCCACUUCCGCCCUGGCCGCUUCGGCGCGAAGCCGCCGCUUCAAUAAUUUCUUUGACGGAACCACAUAUCUAAAUGAAUCAAACACCAAUGCUAGGGUCUAUCGAAGUCAUGCCGAUCGUGUAAAGCGCAUCGUCACCGAAUCGUCCCCGCAUCUUUUUCUGACCUGCUCUGAAGAUGGUGAGGUCCGGCAAUGGGACCUGCGCCAGCCAUCAUCGGCAUAUCCCGCACCGAAUGGGGGUCAAGGCUUUAUGGCCUACCGUCCAGGCUUGCAACAUGAUGACUCUAAUGUACCACCACCGCUUAUCUCUUACAAACGCUUUAACCUCGACCUCAAUACCAUCUCCUGUUCGCCAUCUCAACCGCACUACAUUGCGCUCGGGGGUGCCCAUAUGCAUUGUUUCUUGCAUGAUCGUCGCAUGUUAGGUCGAGAUAUCUCGGCUGAAAGGGGCUCACCGAGUAGAUCUCCUCCGAGUGUAAGGAGUAGGGACGACGAAAUGAUGGGCCAAGCUACUCGGUGUGUACGAAGAUUUGCGCCUGGAGGCAAGAAUCGCAUGAGCGAGUUCGACGAUGGGCAUAUUACAGCUUGCAAAAUCAGUGACGCAAAUCCCAACGAGAUGGUAGUCAGCUGGUCUGGCGAUCACAUCUACAGCUUUGAUCUUGCUCGCAGUCCGGAUGCCCGAGACUCCUCUAACGGCCCGGACUCCGGACCAAAGAGUCCCAGCAAGCACCGCAAAAACAACUCCCGUACCCGCAAACGCAAGCGUUCUAAGCCUACUUCUACGUCAUCCCAAGAGAGUGCAACUCGUUAUCAGUAUCGUCGCCGAUCUGCGGAGCGGCAAACAACUCGACUCGGAUUUCAUAACGGCGAUGUAUCAGAUGUUCCGAUUCUGGACCUUUCUGAGGUGGACGAUCAAUCGCCCGAAUCUAUACUGGAACGUGCCCGGGACUCGGUUUUGAGCGAUGCUCAGAAGCUUAGCAUGGAGAUCGCAAAGGGACUUGUCAAGCUUCGACGCGCUCUUUUCUCAAUUAAAAGGACCCCUGUGGAAAAUGUCGAACUGGACCCAACAGAUCUCUCCUUGUAUUCAGAAUCCUUUGAGUCAGUCUUCAACUUGGCAUCUACUUACUUACCGCGAAUGAACACAAUAAUCCGAAGCUGGCGAUACCCCUUGAAUCCAACCCAGGAAAUCGUGUCUUUGCAGCAAACUCUCCGUCGGAAUCGUUUGGCCUCUUGGAGGUUUGUUCAAGCUGCUGGGACUCUUGCUCAAUCUUUGAAGGGCCGGAAUGAUGAAGCUGAGGAUCCCCAGUUGCAUACGGACUUCUUGAACAUUAUCCCUGCACCAAGUGAAGACGAAUCAAUUGAACGAGAGGCACAAUUUGGCUAUGACUUCCUUAAGGCGAUCUUGCUGUGGUUGCGCGGUGGUAGACCGGAGCUCCUAGCCGGCUUCAAGCGCUGGUCAUGCAAUACCAGGCCGUAUGGCCGCUUUCCCAUCCCCGAAGAAGCGGGCGAAGAGGCCAUAGAUGACAUUCUAAUCCCGUAUCUUCAGAGCUUAGCGAGCGAUGUCCCGAUCGUUAAUGUGGAUUAUUCUGAGCUAGGCCAUGAAGGUGCGCGGUUUUUGUUCCAGACAGAGCGAGCUGCAGUGACGGCCUUUGCUGCUCGAUUCGAUAGACGCCGUGUCUCCAUCGCGUCGUCUUCAGUUCAAUCUCUUGAUCGUGCAUCCGCCACGAAAUUCUGGGUUCUGCGCGUUGGCAGAGGUAUUUUGAUGGCGGCGUCUAACGGUGUCAAUUUUGCUUUUGUUAAUCGGGCAUUCGGGGGACUUCACACUGCAAUCUAUGAUCCUGAAAGUGAGUCUGAUGAAGGAAUUCUAGGAGACGAUGGGACAGCCGGUAUUGCCCCUAUGGAAUCAGAGCUACCGAUUGGGGGGCCCGACACGACUGCCACGCCUAGAAUGGUGGAAAAUCAACCGACCAGCGAGGAUGAGAGUUCGGAUCGCUCGAGCGAGAGCGGGGACCAUGAAAGCGAAGAUGACGAUCCUGGAGAUUCCUCGGAUGGAUGGGACUAUGACGUGGCCUUUGACAGUGACAGUGAUGAGCCAUACCGCCGGCGUUAUAGCGACAGCCAAUCUCGGCGUGGCGAAAUUGAAAUCAACACGCCUUGCUCUUCUCACAUGAGAGCCUACCGCGGACAUUGCAAUAUCAAAACCGUCAAGGAUGUCAAUUUCUUUGGCUUGGAUGACCAGUAUGUGGUCAGUGGGAGUGACUCAGGCCACGUCUUUAUUUGGGACCGGAAGACCUCGAAACUGGUCAACAUCUUGGAAGGAGAUAGCGAGGUUGUCAACGUGGUACAAGGUCAUCCCUAUGAACCCAUGAUGGCCGUCUCGGGCAUUGACAACACCAUCAAAAUAUUCUCUCCGGACCGACAUGCUCAGGCCCAGGCCCGCCAAGGGAUUAACAUCCUGAAUCCGGACCAUCUCUCCAACAUACUUGGUCCACAUGGGCACAUAGUACCUGGUUUGCAGAGUCGUAAGAGCCUUCAUGACAGCUACCGGAUCAUCAGCCAAAACGAUGUUGAUCGGCGCGGUGGCAUGAGCGAGGCUUACAUUACGAGAAGUAUGCUCGCUCGACUGGCUGCCACCCUCCGUGGUCGUCAAGGUCUAGGAGCUGACCUCGAUUCCUUCGGUGGGGACCAAACCGGCGAAGGAGCCACCAUUGUCCUUGAUGAGAACUGCCUUGUAAUGUGA